AUGUUGAUGAUCGAAUUAACAUUGUAUAUUCUUCUAAUCUUCGAAGUAAAUAAAAAUAUUCAAGAUCUUUAUACAAAUGAGUUUAUUAAUUUAAUAAAAUUAGCUAUUCAACGUUUACAAUCAAUAGAUGAUGAAAAACAUCGUACAACAUUUUUGAUUCUAUUAGAAAUGAUUUUUAGUUCUUAUAUUAAAAAAGGUAUACGAAAUUAUCCUGACCAUAAACUAAAAGAUUUAUUAACAAUUGGAAUUCAAAUAUCAUUAAAUAGUGUUGAACAACCUUAUUGUCUAAUGCUUAUCGAAAGCUUAGUUAAAUUUCAUUCUGGAACAAGUACCGACACAUUGUAUAGUCCUAAAAUCGAACGAUUAUUUACUCUUAUUCAUGAAUUAGAUAAUUUAUGUACACGAUAUGAUCCAUCAAAAAUAUUUAAAGAUGAAUGGUUUAAUAGUUAUGUUUUAAUAGUACCAACUGGUUAUGUAAAAUUGACACGAAUAACAUAUCAAAACUUAUGCAUAAAUCAAAAAAGUCCUUGGAUUAUUUAUGUAUGGAAACGUCUUGUUCAUCUAAGUUUAGCAAAAUAUUCACCGGAAAAUAAUGUUUCAACACUUAAUUCGAUAAAUCGAUGGUUAAUCGAUGUGGGACAUCACAAAUAUGAUCCAGAUAAUAUAUUAACUAUAAUUUUUGUAACUAAUGUAUUCAAUACAGUUACGAAUUAUAUGAAACCGUUAUCAUUGCCAAAUAUUGAACAUAUUAUCACAUACAUUUUACAUGUUAUCAAAAAUCCACAAUUAUCUGUUCAACUUGAUACAAACAAUAUUUAUCGUUUUAUUCAAGAAGGACAACAAGCUAUACGAGACAUUUUAUACUUAAAAGGUAAUAUUUUAAAACUGAAGAUGUACUAA